AUGACCUUUCAACGUGCUGUCUCCAUUUUGUGGCCUCUUCGAGUUGGUGUCUACUGUAACAAAACUUUGGCGCGUGUACUAGUAACCAGCAUCUGUAUCUUUUUUGUCCUCGUGAACGCUCACAUUUUGUAUGGACACACCAUCGACCAGAUCGUCAACGUCACCAACGCCACCUCUACCAACUUCUACAUCUACGUCACCGACGACUACGCAACGUUCUUCGAGUCCACCUUUGCCUGGGUGGACACCUGCUUCGCCUCGCUCCUACCUUUCUCGUUGCUGUUGGCGGCCAACAUCGUGUUGGUCCGAAGACUAAGAUCCUCUUUGAAGAACACCGAACAGAAGCUGACAUUCGGUUCUGCAUCACAGAGUCACGUUCGCCAGAAGAAGACGUCGUCCGUGACGGUGACGCUUGUCGCCGUGUCAGUGACGUUCAUCGUCCUGACGCUCCCCCUGUCGGUGUAUGUGACGUACUUCAAGACGUUCUCUCGAGGGUCAGACGAGAGCGUGGACAUUGCUGCUGCCAACGAGCUGACCUUAGCCAUAGCUUUCAUGAUGUACUUUUGCAGCAAAACUGUUAAUUUUUACUUGUACUGUUUGACUGGUCAGAAGUACAGUCCCCGUGAACGCUCACAUUUUGUAUGGACACACUAUCAUCCAGAACACAAACGUGACCACCGUCACACCUACAACCACGACUAUGCAACAUUCUUCGAAUCGACCAUUCACAUGGGUGGACGCCUUCUUAGCAUCCAUAGUACCUUUCUCGUUGCUGUUGGCAACCGUCUGAAGAGUGAGGGCUCUUUGAAGCAGAUGGAACAGACAUUUGGUUACGCGCCUCGGAUUCAACGCUCGCCAAAAGAAGAUGUCUUCCACGACGGUGACGGUUGGCCAAAGCUUUCGUGA